AUGACAGCUCCAGCAAUUCGAUACCCGGGAAGCCUGGUGAAGGGUAACCAUUCUGUUUCGAAAAGUCUGUUAGUUCGCACCGCGGUCAUUGCGUUGCGUAACGCCUUUUUUGCUGCUGGAGUAAGAAUUUUAAUAGGCGUAUUUAGGCGUAUUGGAAAGGGAGGAUUAAGACGGGACGCGCUAAAGCCCAUUCUAAAAGAGAUCUUAUCCCUUGAUCCUCCCAAAUGGGGGUUUAUUUUCGCUGGCCUUGCUUGCUUUCCCCUUUUGAAGCAAAUUAUUCGCAAAAUUGGUCGUUUUUGCCAUAUGUCAGAGAAAGCUGCCUCUGCGCUUGCAGGUUCCAUUUGUGCGCUACCUGUACUUGUGAUGGAAAAAGAGACCAGAACCGAUUUGUGUCUCUAUGUUCUAGUACGUGCUUUACAUAGCUUUGCAGUGGGACAUGUGCUACCCCUCCUACCAAGGUCGUUGCAAGAAUUUCAAUACUAUGAUAUUGUUGUUAUGUGCUUAAGUGCAUCUCAAAUUCUUUAUAGUGUUGUUUUUGCCCCCUCCUCGCUGCCUCCCUCGUAUCAAAAGUUUUUGUCAAAAGCCUCCAUGUUAGACAACCGUGUGGUUCGAGGUCAUGCAGGACUUGCAAGGUAUCAGUUAACUCCAGAAUUGGUGGAGUUGUGUAUGGAAAGGGGUAUUAAAAUUCCUCAAAGUGGAAGAGAACAUUUUAGAAUAGGUUGCAUGCUUACUCAUCCAGGAAUGACAUGCAAUAGGUUUUUUCUCUCUUUUAUUCGAAGAAACAUUAUUCAGGUGGGCCUUCCGCUUUAUACUCCUCUAACGAUUGGUAAAAUUCUUUUAUAUCAGCGUAAAAAAUUGAAGGAAAAACCUUUUAAACUAUUACAAAACUCAAUUCGUUCAGUACUUUCAAGUGCACUGUUUUUGGCCCUUUACUCAGCAAGUUCUGUGCGAUUUGCGUGUUUUUUCGCUCAAGGUAAUAUUCGUGGGGGUUUUUUCUUUGCUAUUUUUUGUUCAAUUGCAGGUGUCGCGGCUUUGCUUGAACCCAAAGGAAGGAGAAUGGAUUUGUCUUUGUACUGCUUCAUGUAUGCUCUUCGAUCCUUUGUCAUGACACAGUAUCGCUUGGGAUGGAUUCCGUAUCCCAGACAUAUCGGGGUUUUUAUGCUUUAUGUGGCUUCCGUUGGGUUUCUUGCAUUUCAAUUUGAUCAGGAACCGGAAAAGCUCAAUCAUCGUCUGUAUGGUUUUUUGUCAAAACUGUUUCCAGUAAAGCAACCUCAACUACAAGAGAAUUAA